AUGUCUUUGGGUGUCGUAGGUCAGCCAACUCAAUCUCAGCUGGUGUUCUUAGGGGCGUUCCACAGGGCUCAGUUUUUGGGUCCUGUCCUCUUUUUGCUCUUCAUCAACGACCUCCCGAGGAUUGUGUCUGGUGUCAAUGCCAGGAUUUGCUUGUUUGCGGAUGACACAUCACUCACGGUAAGAGCUCCGAAUCAGUUAAGUCUUCGGACCUUGACAUCGGAGAAGGUUUGUGAGAUUGUGCAUUGGUUUGAACAAAAUGAGCUCAAACUGAAUGGCUCCAAAACAAAUCUCAUGGAAUUUUCCAUAAGUGGUUCGGUGAGUUCCGAGCCGCUUGCAAUAUCUGUGGGGAUAGUGACGAGAUCUCUCCGUGUGCCGUGA